ACUUACCUAUAUAAAAGUAUUAUAUAAGAAUGAGCUUGUUCCUUCACUACCAACACCAUUGCCAUAAUAAAAUUCUUCAAAAUUCCUAAAAACUCAUAACAAUGGCAUUUUUAGCUACCAUUUCUGGCCUUGACAAUCUGUUCCUUUCCAAUACCCUAAACAAUAACUUUGCUUUCAGUAGAAAGCUCCCACCUAGCCAGUCUUACAGUUUCCUUCACAAGAAAAUCCAGGCUAGCAAUGUCGCGAACUCAUUCCGAGCUUUUCAAGUCAAGGAACAAGAAGUUUCAUCCAAGGCAGAGAAAUUCAUCUUGCCUAAGUUUGAGUUUCAAGAAUACAUGGUAAUGAAGGCACUCAAGGUAAACAAAGCACUAGAUGAAGCAAUACCAAUGCAAGAGCCUAUAAAAGUUCAUGAAGCCAUGAGGUACUCACUUCUAGCUGGAGGAAAACGUGUCCGGCCGAUCCUCUGCAUGGCUUCUUGUGAAGUUGUAGGAGGGGAUGAAUCCUUAGCUAUACCUGCAGCUUGUGCGGUUGAGAUGAUCCAUACCAUGUCACUCGUCCAUGAUGAUCUUCCUUGCAUGGACAAUGAUGAUCUACGUCGUGGCAAGCCCACAAACCAUAAGGUUUUUGGGGAAAACACUGCAGUUCUUGUAGGGGAUGCACUUUUGUCUUUGGCCUUUGAACAUGUGGCUACCAAGACUCAGAAUGUGACACCCCAAAGAGUGGUUCAAGCCAUUGGGGAAUUGGGUUCAGCCGUUGGCUCAGAAGGGCUCGUGGCAGGGCAGAUUGUGGACUUGGCGAGUGAGGGAAAACAAGUUAGCCUAACUGAACUGGAGUACAUUCACCACCAUAAGACGGCGAGGCUUUUGGAGGCUGCUGUGGUUUGUGGGGCAAUAAUGGGGGGAGGAAAUGAGGUUGAUGUGGAGAGAAUGAGGAGCUAUGCUAGGUGCAUUGGACUGUUGUUUCAAGUGGUAGAUGAUAUUCUUGAUGUUACUAAGUCAUCAGAUGAGUUGGGAAAGACAGCUGGUAAGGACCUAAUAACAGAUAAGGCUACAUAUCCUAAGUUGAUGGGGCUAGAAAAGGCUCGGCAAUAUGCCAGUGAGCUGAUGGCUAAGGCCAUGAAUGAGCUAAGCUACUUUGAUUCUGCAAAGGCAGCACCUCUUUAUCAUAUUGCUAGUUAUAUUGCAAAUCGACAGAAUUGAUAGGCUGAAUAGUUCAUGACGAAGACGAUGUAUAUACCUUAGAGAGUUGUCUGUAUAAGUAGAGGUAAGUAUGAUGGACCAGAACUUCGUGUCGUA